AUGCGACCAACAAGGCGAGACGAUUUUGCAAUCGCGAUUAUCUGCGCCCUUCCUCUCGAGGCUGAUGCGGUCGAAGCCCUGUUCGAUGAACAUUACGACCGGCUGGGAAAAUACUACGGCAAACAGCAAGGCGACGCGAAUGCCUACGUUAAUGGAAGGAUUGGCAAGCAUGAUGUGGUCCUGUGCUACAUGCCCGGAAUGGGCAAAGGCAGUGCAUCAAGUGUUGCCUCCAGCUUACGAGUUAGCUAUACAGGCAUUGAGCUUGCUUUAGUGGUUGGUAUCUGCGGAGGGGCGCCACCACCACCAAAAUAUCAAGAGGUAUUCCUUGGUGAUGUUAUUAUCAGUGAUUCUGUGAUUGAAUACGACUUCGGCAGGCAAUAUCCUGGCGGGUUUCAGCGGAAGACUGGUGUCAGGGACACACUGGGCAGGCCAAACCGGGAAAUUCGGGCUCUUCUAAACGGCCUUGUUGCUGAGAAUGCGCGCCAGGAACUUCAGAACCAGACACAGCAAUAUCUUCACGUGCUCCAGGAAACAAAGACUAAAUGGGGCCACCCAAGAGUCAAUGAUAUUCUUUUCAAGGCCUCCUAUCUUCACAGACAUUCUGGUCAUGCGUUUUCUGCCAAAUGUACUUGUUUUGAGAGUGACUUACAUGGACAAAUUUGUGAGGUGGCGCUAGGGAAGGACUGUGAUGACCUCGGAUGCGACAAAGGCCAAGCAAUCCGAUGCCGAGAGGCCUCGAGUGCUAUCCAAACUUCCUUAUAUAUUGGAACUGUUGCCUCUGCUGACACAGUAAUGAAAUCUGCACAGCACCGCGAUGAAAUUGCCAGCAAAGAGGGGGUUAUCGGCUUUGAGAUGGAGGCGGCAGGAGUGUGGGAUAACAUUCCUUGUAUCAUUAUCAAGGGUGUAUGUGACUAUGCUGACAGCCACAAGAACAAGUCAUGGCAAGCGUAUGCAGCAGCAACUGGAGCCUCGGCGGCAAAGGCUUUUCUAGAAUACUGGACGCCUUCCACUCGCAAAACACAGGGAACAGGAGGCCUAAUGUCGCCUUUCCAAGGAAUAUAUUCUCCUACGAAUUCCCCCAUUGCUGGUCGGAAUAUAGGAAAUGUUAACUACAACACAUAUUACCUUGGAGGCAGUUAAAGAAGUAAUCCGGGGUACGCUGCCGGAUAUUGGACCUUUUUACACUAUCCAAAAAACGCAAUCGUCUUGACUCGUUCGAAGCCAGUCUGGAACGGCAGAGCAUACCUAUACAACGUUUCAAAGACGGUGGCAGGAUCUCCAAUGGCAGCGGUUGAUUACUCGAAAUAUAGCGUUAGUGUUGACGCGGGUACAGGACAGAACGUCAUCAACCUGGAGGACGAUACAGUAUUGAGGAAAAAUAGUCAUAUCAAAAUAGAUUCAGUGUGAAGGCCGUGAAGAUGCGCCCCAUGUUUGAUAUGAUUAAAUAGCCUCGUUCCACCAUAAGUAGGUGAUUUUGAUAGCAAGCAUCUUGGUCA